CUGCAUUUGAACAAUUGCGCCACCCUCUUUCGCGGCGUCGCGUUGCGCCGCAACCUUCACCCCCGCGGCAGACGUGUUUGUCUGACACAAUAACAGAAUUUCUCAACCAAAAAAGCCCCAAAAAUAUACGUAUACGUAUACGUACAUAUAUACGAAAUAUACACGUAGUUGCAGGUAGAAGGAAGUUUUUGAUUUUGAGGAAGAAAACAACAACAGAGAUAUACAAAGGGGGAGGUGGGGGCAAUUGAGAAUUGUCUCCUUCUCCCGAACUUUACGUUCCAUUUUUUUCUUCUUCUUUGAUAUUGGGGUUGAUAUUAAUACAAUACAAAGCAGAUUACAGAUAUCCAAAACAUACAAAAAUUCUAUAUAUAGCACUUUUUCCACAUUACCCUUUUUUCUCACUUUGUCUCUCUAUUCCCAUCCCUUAGUCUAGAACAUUCCAUGUUGUCAAUGGCCUCUAAAACCCUACGUUUUGCUUGGGUGUAAUCGGUUUUUUUUUUCUGUUAUGGGUUCUUGUGGAAACGGAAGCCGGGUUGAAAUGGAGAACGGUUGGAGUUUUUUGAGUUCUGAUCCUUUAACAGUUACUGAGAAUUGUUGGGCUGUUGCUGAAGAAGCUACAGAAGAAGUGGUGAAUUGUCUUCAUCCAACACUUGACACUGAGGAAAAGAGGAAAGACGUUAUAGAUUACGUCCAGAGUCUCAUCAAAUUCUCUCUUGGAUGCGAGGUCUUCCCAUAUGGAUCAGUGCCACUGAAGACCUACCUUCCUGAUGGUGACAUUGAUUUGACUGUUUUUAGCAGUUCUAUUACAGAAGAAACAUUGGGCCGUGAUGUUCUUGCUGUUCUGCAGGAAGAAGAGCAAAAAGAAGAUGCUGAGUAUGAUGUCAGGGAUACCCAAUUUAUUGAUGCUGAGGUUAAGCUGGUGAAAUGUCUUGUACAAAAUACUGUGAUAGAUAUAUCCUUUAAUCAGUUAGGAGGACUUUGCACACUUUGUUUCCUUGAGCAGGUAGAUCGUCUUGUUGGGAAAAAUCAUCUCUUCAAACGUAGUAUUAUUUUGAUAAAGGCUUGGUGCUAUUAUGAAAGUCGUAUUCUUGGUGCACAUCAUGGUCUGAUUUCCACAUAUGCUUUGGAAACACUGGUCUUAUUUAUAUUCCAUCAGUUCCAUUCUUCGUUAAAUGGUCCUCUAGCGGUUCUCUAUAGAUUUUUGGAUUACUACAGCAAAUUUGAUUGGGACAACUAUUGUAUCAGUUUGAAUGGUCCAAUAUGCAAAUCAUCUCCUGACAUAUUAGUUGAAAUGCCAGAUCAUAUAAGCAACAAUCUGUUGCUUAGUGAAGAGUUUCUAAGGAACUGUAUGGAAAUGUUCUCAGUUCCAUCCAGGGGUCUUGAGGUGGACACACGAGUAUUUCAACAAAAGUAUCUAAAUAUAGUUGACCCCUUGAAGGAGAAUAACAACCUUGGCCGUAGUGUCAACAGAGGGAGUUUCUGUCGAAUACAAAGAGCUUUUAGGUAUGGGGCCCGCAAGCUUGGGAACAUUCUUUCGUUACCAUCUGAUAGAGUUGCCGAUGAGAUCAAGAAGUUCUUCGCAAAUACUAUUGAGAGGCGUAGACACAAUCUUUUGGCUGAUUUACAAGAUUCCGGCCUAAUAUAUGGUGAUGAAGACACAUGUUCUUCGUUAUCCCCUGCUGAAUCGUAUGCUGACAAUAGAAUGCUUCUGAAAUCAUCCGAUGGUGAUUUUGAGAAUGAUAGCCUGAAAAAGGUAUUUAAAUCAAUGUCAAAUGAGUUGUCGAGUAACUUGAUGAAUGGAGUUUCUUCAGAUAUGGUGUCAGAAAGUGGCUCCUUUCCAGAUGAUGCAGCAUUGUCAGGAUUCUUUCUAUCUACGGAUGAAAGUGAUCAUUCAGCUUCUGAUCCUCUAAAUCUUGAUGUUGCAAAUGGAACAUAUGACUGUUGUUUUAAUGGAAACUCCAUGAAUUUUCUUUCUAGGAAGCAUUACCAUGAUCCUCCGUUUCAUUUCAAUAAAUCAUGUGUUGAAAAUGGAAACUCUGGGCCUGAGAAUCUGUGCCAAAGUGACCUAUCUGAUUCUGGUUUGUGGGUAGAAACCAGAGAGUGCGCUCUGGAGUGCAGCAGCAUAUACCAAUCAGGUACAGAUUAUAGCGAGAGCGUCUGGUCUGGUGGUUCAGUAAUCUCGAGUCCAAAGACCAGUAUUCUAGGAAGUUUAUCUCUCGAUAUUGGGGAAAGGGACUUGGCGAGCACAGCCGGAGAUGUUGAAGCUUUGAAUCCUUUGGUGGACUUAAGUGGGGACUAUGACAGCCAUAUACGGAGUUUGCUCUAUGGCCAGUGUUGCUAUGGUUUUGCUCUGUCAGCACCAGUACUCAAUAGUCCAUCAUCACCAUCUCAAUGUCAGAACAAGCACUUUUGGGAUACUGUGCGGCAAUCGAUGCCACUUAGACAGAACUCAUUUUGGCAAACAAAUGUGAAUGGCAUGCUUGUAGGACCAGCUGUUCACCGUCCUGAUAAUUAUCUACCAUCUACUGCUACUUUAGGUUCUGAGAAGAAAGAAACGGCACAAGGAAUUGGCACCUACUUCCCGAAUUCGAAUUAUUCUUUCCAGGAGAUACGGUGUAAAGGAAGGACUAGGAUUAAGGCACCAAGAAAUCAUGGUCAGUUGCACAUGCAUAGUAGCACUCAUAGUAAUAAGUGGGUUCCUUCUCUUUCCGAUGCAAAUCGUUCAGAAAAGUGUACAGUAGAGAUUUCAGCUGUGCAAUCUUCUGUUCAAGUUCGUGGAAAGUUUGCUGUAGCUAGCCAAUCUGAUAAGUUCCUCAAAGAUCUUCAUGACAAUGAUUUCUCGCAUUCAACAUGUAUAAUUGAGUUUGGAUCUCUGGGGAAUCUUUCUGAAGAUGCACUUUCAUGCACUUCUCAUGACGUGCUCCUGAUUCCAAGUGUCCCGCAAAAGGUGCAGCUUCCAGAAUCUGUAUGUAGUAAACAAGAAAGGGCUGCAGAACAUUUGUUGCGCCUUAAGAAUGAAGAUGAGUUCCCUCCUCUGUCUUUGUCGAAGGGUUAGGACUGACUUUCUACUUGUAUGAAGACUUCAAGGGAAUUUUUACAGUAAAAGCUAACAAAAGCAGAUACUUUUAGGCAGAUAUCAGAUAAGAAAGAGAGAAUUACAGAAACUAAAACAGAGUAUGUCUUUUUACCUUUCUUUGCAUUAUUUAGUAUCUUUUUGGUAGUGAGAGAAUACAACAACUCCAGCUCAGUUCCAAUCUAGUUCGGGUUGGCUAGUGUAAAAUAGGCAUGCACAUUGUAUAGCACCUUUGGCAGCAUAGAGUUGCUGCAUUAGCGGUACCAGCAUUAUAAACUUAGUUCCUCAUAGAGAACAACUUUGGUUCUGUUGACUGACUUUUGUUUUCAUCUGUUUUACUUCAUCUUUGCUCUCUGAUUGACUA